AUGGGCUCUGGUAUGCGAUAUGGUUUAGAAAUGAUGUUCUCUGAAUCUAAAAAUAAUGAUGAUUAUGAUGUUACAUGUAUCAGUCCAAUACAGGGAUAUCAGCUUGUAUUACAUUCAGCAAAUGAAUUCGAACUUCUUGGUUUAACUUGUAAUUUCAGACGUCAAUGUUAUUUUCAAAAAGAAAGAUAUUUAAAAUUUUUUAAAAAAUAUAAUCAAAGAAAUUGUCAAACAGAAUGUUUAGCUAAUCAUACUGUGCGUAAAUGCGGUUGUGUACCAUAUUUUAUGCCAAAAUUGAAGUCGACACCGAUUUGUGGCCUUUCAAAUUUUGAAUGUUGUCAUUUGGCCGAAAAAGAAUUAAACAAACUCGAAUAUGAUGAUGACUUUGAUGAUGUAGUUGAUGGUAGAGAAGAGAAAUGUAAUUGUUUACCAGAUUGUCAUUCAAUUUCAUAUGAUACCGAAAUCAAUACAGUUGAAAAUAAUUUCAAAGAACUUUUGAUUAAAAUAACAAAAGCACGAAAUCAGUCACAAAGUGAUGAAGAACUUGAAGAAAAAUUUAAAAAUUUUGUCAGUACGAAGUUUUUCAUUUAUUAUAAAGAAGAUCGUUUUAUAACAUCAAGACGCUCGGAACUCUUUAGUACAACAGAUAUUAUAGCUCAAUGUGGUGGUUUAUUGGGACUUUUUAUGGGAGUAUCCUUAAUUAGUUUAGUGGAAAUUGUUUAUUUUCUAACCGUACGAUUAUUUCUUAACACAAGAAGAAGUUAA